AUUAUCUUGAUAUCCAGUGAACAGACGCAGAAUCCUGAUGAUCUGCCAUGACGUGCUGUGCGAUCAUGGAGCGUGACUCGUCGGUCCUUUGUCGUUACUUCCCUGCUAUCUUCUUUUCUCUUUCUCACUUUCUGAAAAUACUGCUGGCCAAAGCCUUCAAUAAUUCAGAUUCCUAGAUUUUUACCUUAUUUUGAAUGCACGAAUAGUUCGCACAUCCGUUAUAAGAGCGUUGUUCUAUUGUAAAAUGGAGUGGAGGGAUCGGGGGAUUCAUCAGCAAGCUUCAUCUUCUUCUCACGUUCUUCAGUCCUCCAAUUACAGGUUUUUUGCAGAACAAGCCCCUCGACCUGCUUACAUGGGACCAGGAUCAGAAAGGGACAAGCCUGAACAUGCCCAAUAUCAUCAUCAGCAGCAGCAGCAGCAGCAGCAACACCUUUACGUUCGCCCUCACCCCUGCUCCAAUGACUUGCACAAGGCAAUCCAGAGAGAGAUCGAAAAGGAAUGCAUCCGAGCGGAGAUAACCAUGUCGGAGAUCAUGAGAAGGCGUAGUUUAGAGGAUGAGGUAAGGAGGGAGCUGAUGAUGGACUGGGGAUUGGCUCUACUGAGGGGCAGCAAUGGGUUUCCGUUUGGCUCGUCAACAGUAACAACAGACUCACCGCAGACACUGAGGCUUCCAAUUAUGGAGACAAGGAACGAAGGGAAGUCUCUAGAGGAAAUAAUUGUGUUGUCACUCGGGAAGGAGAGGUCGAAUGGAAGGUGUGAGUCUGGAGGAUUUGAGGCCUUGCCAUAUCAGAGAGGGCCAUCUAACCUGAGAAUUUCAGAGGUUAAGCCUGCUAAUCCUGAUCAAAAUAUAUCUGGAUCAAAGAGGAAGGCUGCAACACCACCAUCUGGAGCGGUUGCUAUUGAAUUUUCAUCAGAUGGCGUCUUGAGGAAGAAAGCUAAAGAGGAAUGGAGUUGUGCUCUUUGCCGAGUUAGUGCCACCAGUGAGCUAGCUCUAAACAAACACCUAGGGGGAAAGAAGCACAAAUCAAAGGAGGCUGCAUUGAGAGCUCACAAUGCUGCAAAAAACUAUAGCAUCGGGCUCUUACCAAAGAAAGAGACUAGGGAGGCAAGUUCAACGAGAGACGAUCUGCUGCUGUUGCAGAAGAACCUUAACUCUAACAAUUUGAAGAAAAACCAACGGGUAAUUGUUAAAAAAGUAAAGAGGAAAACCAACCAGAAGAAGAAAAAAUAUAAGUUUUGGUGUGAGAUGUGCCUGGUAGGAGUCUCCUCUCGAAAAGCUAUGAAUGAUCAUAGCAAUGGGAAGAAACAUAUCCGUCGGCUUCAAGAAAAUGAACGAAAUGGUGAAGUUGGGCCAUCCCAUCAGAAGGCUGUGAUACUCUUGAAUCACGAACAAGUUGCUGAAGUGGAGAAAAACAUGGCAUCCCGUAAUGUGGAUGAGACCAUUGAUGAAGCUGGGUCGGAGGAUCACAAGCGUAGAGGCAAAAUCAUGCAAGAAGAUCAUGAGCAUGUGGAUUAUGAAACCGAAGCAGAAGAUGGUAGGGCCAUGGAUAUAACCAAGCCAGAUGAUGAUCAUGAGCCUGUGGAUCAUGAAACCAAAGCAGAGGAUGGUGGGGCUGUGGAUAUAACCAAAGAUGAUGAACAAACUGUUCUUGAAACUCAGCCAAGAGGAACGACUUGAAUUGAAGAUAAUUCCAUCAUGGGUUUGAAAUCUCGUAAGAAGUGUGGGUAUUUCUUUCAGGUUAUGUGAGUCCAUUUUAGUCUAUUUCAUGAUUUUUUGUAAUAUUGUAUUGAUUUAACUUUUAUGCAUAAGAACUACAUUUGCACAAGAACCCAACUGA